UCACAGUCGCGCGCCGACCGCCGCCGACCAGCGCGACAUCGCUCUACACAACUUUAUCAAACGCGAGCUUAGUUGCCGUUUAUCUCCGAUCGCGAAUACAUCCGCAACUUUUGAGUGUUUGACUUUGAAGAGCUUUAAUAUAACUUUGAUAAACUCUUGAAAGUGAAAUGGGGAAAAUGUUGCUUUAGAACAAAUACGCCGCUAAUCAAAACCCGGCAAUGUUUUAAGUGCAAAACUUGUUGUGUGCUUUGUGAAGAUGUAAAAGAUCAAACACUCGUAUGAUACAAAAACUUUAUAAUGGAUUCACGUCGCAAUCAGGUACCAGAGAGCGAUGAUUCGAUAUGAAAUCGAAGAUAGAGGAGGAAUAAUAUUGAAUAUGUCAUCGUGGAGAUGUAUACGGAAGAGUGGCGGUAGUCGGCAGCCGCGAGCGCUGGAUUGAGAUGGCAGGGACACAGUCGCGUGGCGGGGGGCCGCUCGCUCGCCUCCUAGUGUUGGCGGUGUUACACGUCAAUUUCAUUGCCCUAGGUCUGGAGCCGGACUUCUUGUAUCCAUUGGAGAACGUGACAAUCGCGCAGGGGAGAGACGCGAUGUUCACCUGCGUAGUCAAUAACCUGGGCGGUUACAGGGUGAGUGGCGACUCCGCCACUGCCAGGGUUGCGUGGAUCAAAGCGGACACAAAGGCGAUUCUGGCGAUACACGAGCACGUUAUCACAAACAAUGCGAGGCUGAGCGUGACUCACAACGACUACAACACGUGGACUCUCAACAUAAGAGGCGUGAAGAGAGAGGACAGGGGACAAUACAUGUGCCAAGUAAACACAGAUCCGAUGAAAAUGCAGACAGCAUUUUUGGAGGUGGUAAUACCGCCAGAUAUAAUAUAUGAGGAGACAUCUGGAGACAUGAUGGUACCGGAAGGUGGUUCCGCGAAACUGGUGUGCAAGGCGCGCGGCUACCCCCCGCCGAAGAUCCUGUGGCGUAGGGAAGACGGCGGUGACAUUAUCUCGAGGAGCGGCCCACAAGGAAAAACAAAAGUGACGUCACUGGAAGGCGACGUGGUGAACCUGACUAAGGUGACGCGGUCAGAGAUGGGCGCGUACCUGUGCAUAGCGGCCAAUGGAGUCCCACCUUCUGUUAGCAAACGGAUAAUGCUGCACGUACACUUCCACCCGUUAGUGCAAGUGCCGAAUCAGCUGGUGGGCGCGCCGACGGGUACCGACGUGACGCUGCAAUGCCACGUCGAAGCCUCGCCCAAGGCCAUCAACUAUUGGACCCGGGAGAACGGUGAGAUGAUAAUAUCGAACGAUAAGUACCAUAUGACGGAGAUCCCGAGCUCGUCGUACAGUGUGCAGAUGCGACUCGUCAUCAGGAACAUACAGCGUAGCGACCUCGGCGGGUACAAGUGUAUCUCAAAGAAUUCUAUUGGCGACGCUGAAGGGAACAUCAGAUUAUACGAAAUGGAGCUGCCGUAUCGAAAAUCGAGAAACGAGGAAGAGAACGAUACGGCAUCUGAGGAGAGCAACGACGUACGAUCAAGUCUGCAGGGACCACUGCGAGAAGGCGGGAACCGCGUAGAAGACGCGGGCUUUCUAGGCGGCGGGGGACCCCCGGCGAGCACUGCGCGGCGCGCACUGCCUACUGCAUUUUAUUUUAUAACUACCCUCAUGUAUACAGUGUGUUAAAAAUAACUUUUAAAGCCAUGUGCAAGGUUAAGACUUCAGUAUUACAUUUUCUGUAAUUGCUUUUUCAAGUUUUUACCUUUUGCUUUAUUUCAUUCUGAUAAUAUAAAUCUAAUAUAAAAUAAUUAUUUUUUAUGUUUUCGUUUGGUAAUAUAGAUGAAAGCAUGAACUUCUGUUAUUUGGUGUAAUUUUUUAUUGCACUUUUUCAUAAAUCUUGUUUUAAAAUGUAAACCGGCAGAAGUAGAAAAAAAUAACCAAAAUCGUAUGUAAGUAAAUAUGACGCCGCAAGUCUUAACAGGGUACGUGGUUUAACCAAGCAAGUGGAAGUGUUAUUAUUGUGCUUAAUUGUGAAACAGUUUAUUGACAAGUUAUGUAAUAAAUUGUGUACAAAAUUAAAUAAGUAAUCCCAUGCGUUUGACCUGGAAAAGUUUAUUUUAAACAGCUUUAAAUGUCCGGUAACGCGUCGAAAGAAUUGUUAGAUAUUUUAGCAUUGCUGAAAUGUUAUUGAAACUUAUGUACCCAGAAUGUCAUUAUGCCUGAAAAUGUAUUAAGCAAGAGACGAUCUGUAUCUGCUUUAAUAUAUACGUGCGAUGUACUACAAUAUGUAAAUAAUGUAGAAAUAACUCGUUAAUAUUAAUUUGCGUAUUAACCAUUAAUCGUGAAGUUAUUUGAAAUAUUUUGG